GCUUGCUUCAGCUUCAGUCGAGUUUCCAAGGAGAGAAAUAUCAGCCGCGCGCGGAGAGGACGCGCUUCAGCUCGGACGGGACUUCUCAGAGCAAACACCCACACACACUCGGGGCUGACCUUUGACCUCUGGGACAUUUUGGGGUCCGGGCGGGAAGCUCGCGGACGGUGUAGACCCGGGACAGGCUGCCAUGGCCCGGCCGAGGAAGAAAAGCUGCUCUGGGUGCUGAACAUGAAGCUCCGCGGGGGGAGACAGAGAGAGCGCAGACUGCAGUAACACACGGAGGGAGAGGAGGCACUUUAAUUCAGGAGAGAAGAAGAGGAGGAUGAAGAUGGGAGGGACAGUGGAGCUGCUGGGCAUCAGCUGGCUCCUCUUCCUCCUGCUGCUCAUCGGAAACGGUCACUGCAGAGACUCUCACCAGACCGAGCACCUGUCCUCCUAUCAGCUGACUGUCCCUCGACCAAUCGGAGGCAGGCUGAGGAGGGACGUGAAUGGAGGACUGCCCAAUCAGGUGUCCUACAUCAUCAGCGUGGAUGGAAGCGAGCGCGUCGUCCAUCUGGAGAGAAACGCGAUGCUGCUGCCUACAGACUUCACCGUGUUCUCCUACAGUCCCAACGGAUCCCUGGUCACAUCCACGCCACCUGUCCAGGUAACGCCCCGCCUACCCGUCUGUCUGUUGUAUAUGAGCCUCACCGGUCCUGUCAGCCAGUCGCAUCGCUCAGACUCACCUGCUUUACAAACGCCCCGCCCUUUUCUUUCCUUUAUGGUCAUUGCGGCGGCGUCGAUGCCACUGAGAACAAAGCGCUCUGUUUCCCAGAGAGAGGUGCAUGUGAGGAGAGCCGUCCUCCACAAGACGCACUACGUGGAGCUGCUGCUGGUGGUCGACAACGAGAGGUUUAACUUCAUGAGCAGGAACGCGACGGCAGUGAGGGAGGAGAUGGUUCUGCUCGCCAACCUCGUGGACAGCGGCUUCGUCCAGGGCGUGGAGGGCUCAUCCGUCGCCAUGAGCAUCUGCAACGGCCUCAGAGGAGUGAUGCACCUCAGUGAUGGCAGCUAUGGGAUUGAGCCGCUAGACUCCGCCCCCGACCAGCACCUGGUGUAUCGCCUGCAGGAUGUGACAUCACAGCCCCGAGGGUGCCAAACGCCGCACUACGAGCACGGCCCCAACUCUACAGAGCGCGCUCAGGCCAGCUGGGAGGAGAUCCCUCACGGGCAGCACAGACGGGUGAGGAGAGCCGUCCUCCACAAGACGCACUACGUGGAGCUGCUGCUGGUGGUCGACAACGAGAGGUUUAACUUCAUGAGCAGGAACGCGACGGCAGUGAGGGAGGAGAUGGUUCUGCUCGCCAACCUCGUGGACAGCAGGAGGAAGAAUUUCGGACAGACGGCCGGGAUGGCGUUCGUCUCCACCGUCUGCUCCAGGAGUCACGGAGGCGGGAUCAACGCGUUCAACAACAACCUCGUGGCCUCGUUCGCCUCCAUCGUGGCUCACGAGCUCGGCCACAACCUCGGCAUGAACCACGACGACGGCCGACAGUGCACGUGUCCCACCGGCGCCUGCAUCAUGAACUCCGGAGCCACAGGGUCAAAGAACUUCAGCAGCUGUAGCGCCGAUGACUUUGAGAAGAUGAUCCUGCUGACCGGGGGGGCGUGCCUGCUGAACGUGCCGCGGCUCGACGAGGCCUACAGCGCCCCCUACUGCGGGAACAGGCUGGUGGACUUCGGGGAGGAGUGCGACUGUGGCUCAGAGAAGCUCUGCUUCAAAGAAGUCAACAGCAAAGGAGAUCGCUUCGGCAACUGUGGCUACCUCAACCACGGCUUCAAGAAGUGCGAGAGCAGAAACGCCAUGUGUGGGAAACUGCAGUGCUCCAACGUUCAGGCGAAGACGGUGUUCGGCAUCGAGCCGUCGAUCAUCAGCACGCCAAUCGCCGGAGGGAAAUGCUACGGCGUGGACUUCAUGCUGGGCUCGGACGUGCCCGACCCCGGGAUGGUGAACGAAGGGACCAAGUGUGGAGAGAACAAGGUGUGUGUGAACUUUGAGUGCCGCGGCGCCGACGUCCUGAGCUACGAUUGCGACGUGCACACCAAAUGUCACGGACACGGGGUGUGCAACAGCAACAGGAACUGCCACUGCGACUACGGCUGGGCUCCGCCUUUCUGCGAGUUAUCGGGUUACGGUGGAAGCGUUGACAGCGGACCCACGUGGAACGAUAAGGACACGUCUGUCAGGGACGGCCUGCUCGUCCUCUUCUUCGUCGUCCUCCCGCUGCUCGCUCUCGGCGUCUUCGUUUUCCUGCGCAGGAACGAGCUGCUGCGGCGACUCGGGCUGAGCCGCAGGAAGAGGUCUCAGGGAUAUGAGGCUGACGGCGUGGCUUCAGCCAAUCACAGCAGGAGACCGCCUCCCAGAGCGCAGCCUCCACCUGUUGCCCGGGGUAACGCCAAUAACAUCGUCAGAGACGGGCACCACGCUCAGCUGCUGCCACCACAAGAGGUGGUGGAAACCAGCCGGACGGCUCCUUCCCAUGCUCUGAAGCCGCCACCGCCUCCUCUGUAAGAAGUCGCGCACCACCACAUGCACCGAAACACAAACCGAAAACAAUCAUUUCAGUCAAACCUGAAAUGUGGAAACUUGACUUUCAAACUAAAAGUUGUUUUUAAACAUU